CUCUCCGCCGGUACUGGCUCACGAGCCACCGCUGCUUCCGCAGUCGAAUCCAUCAUGGACCGUCUUCACACUACCGGAGAUGCUUGCGUAGCCCUCAAAUCUUUGAUCAUCGUCCACCACAUCGUCAAACACGGCCGCUUCAUCCUCCAGGAUCAGCUCUCUGUUUUUCCUUCUUCCGGUGGCCGUAAUUAUCUGAAACUUUCCGGUUUUAGAGAUGAGAAAUCUCCUUUGAUGUGGGAGCUUUCUUCUUGGGUCCGAUGGUAUGCUUUAUAUCUUGAGCAUCUAUUAUCAACUUCAAGAAUCAUGGGAUUUUUCAUAUCUUCGACAUCGAGCACAAUUCACAAAGACGAAUACGAAGAAAUGGUUUCGUCUCUCACCAACUCUGAUUUGCUUCGUGAGAUGGAUGCGCUC